GAGAGAGAGAGAGGGGAGGGAGGGACGCAGAGAAGCGGAACGGCUCAAGAAAGGAGAAAAAGGGGUUACCGCCUCUGGAGGACACAAUUGUGAAAGGGGGCUUCGUAGCGGGAGGAGGAAGAAAGCAGGGAGGCAGAAUAGCGGCUCUUCUAUGGCUCAGUCGGCUGCUAACGGCGUGGACCAGGAUCUGGCCAGCAAGAGGCUGCACUCCAGGAUGGAGGCCUCUUGCUUGGAGUUGGCCCUGGAAGGAGAACGGCUGUGCAAGGCUGGGGACUUUAAAGGGGGUACCGCGUUUUUUGAGGCAGCCGUGCAGGUGGGAACGGAAGACCUGAAGACCCUUAGUGCCAUCUACAGCCAGCUGGGCAAUGCCUACUUCUACCUCAAGGAGUAUGGAAAAGCCCUGGAAUACCACAAACAUGACCUUACAUUGGCCAGAACAAUAGGAGACCGAAUCGGAGAAGGAAAAGCCAGCGGUAACCUUGGUAACACAUUAAAAGUGUUGGGGCGCUUUGACGAGGCGGUCGUCUGCUGCCAGAGACAUCUGGAUAUUUCUCAAGAACAAGGCGACAAGGUCGGAGAGGCCAGAGCACUGUAUAACAUAGGGAAUGUCUUUCAUGCAAAAGGCAAGCAGCUGUUAUGGGGCUGCACCCAGGAACCAGGAGACCUGCCUCCUGACGUCAGAGACACUCUGCAAAGAGCUACUGGCUUCUAUGAGAUGAACUUGUGUCUGGUGAAGGAGCUGGGUGACCGAGCCGCUCAGGGCAGAGCCUACGGGAACCUGGGCAACACCCACUACCUGCUGGGAAACUUCGUCGAAGCUAUCAAGUUCCACCGUCAGCGAUUAUCUAUUGCCAAAGAAUUUGGGGACAAAGCUGCUGAACGGCGAGCCUACAGUAACCUCGGCAAUGCUCUGAUAUUUCUGGGACAGUUCAACACAGCCACGGAGUACUACAGGAAAACUCUUCAGCUGUCCAGGCAGCUUAGGGACCAGGUGAUGGAGGCUCAGGCUUGCUACAGCCUGGGAAACACCUACACUCUCUUGCAGCAGUAUGAGAGGGCCAUAGAGUACCACCUGAAACACCUUUACAUAGCCCAGGAGCUUACUGAUAGGGUUGGCGAGGGUCGUGCCUGCUGGAGUCUGGGAAACGCUUAUGUGUCUUUAGGGAACCACAAACAAGCACUCCACUACGCCCGAAAGCACCUGGACAUCUCUAAAGAGAUUGGAGACAGAAACGGGGAACUGACAGCCAGAAUGAAUGUGGAGCAGUUGAUGGAGGCGCUGGGGGUCAACGAGAGUGACCUUUCACCCUCCAGCUCAGAGUUUGAGAUGCAAGGAGCGAGACCCAAAUUCACCAAGAGAAACAGCAUGGACAGUGUAGAACUGUGGAAGUACUCUUCAGAUAAGAAUGGCGAGAGCCAAGACAUGGAAAGUAUACCUAGGAGGUCCAAGAGUCAGCUGUCCCAGCCGGGUAACAGAAAAGGCUGUUCAGACAGUCAGUCAUCAGAUGAGAGGCCGUGGUUGGACUCUCCCGUGGACACUGAUGACAUCACGGUGCAAGUCCCGCCUCCAGUGCCGAAGCUGGGCCGUGAUCCCUCCGAUGAAGACUGCUUCUUUGACCUCCUCAGCAAGUUCCAGAGCAGCCGCAUGGAUGACCAGCGCUGCCACCUUGACGAGCCGCAGAACGGAGACAACGGAGAAGGCGCCUCAAACUCCAUGGUAUCCCUGAACGAGAUGUUAGAUCCUGCACUUACCACUUCCCCCCAGACCGAGGAGCUGUUUGACUUGAUUGCCAGCUCUCAGAGCCGCCGCCUCGACGACCAGCGCGUUAACGUGGGUAACCUCCCAGGCCUGAGGAUUACCCACAACAACCUGGGACACCUGGUGGGUGAGGGAGAUCACCAGGAGCCCAGUGAUGACUUCUUCAACAUGCUUAUCAAGUGCCAGUCCUCUAGGAUCGACGAUCAGCGGUGCUCCCCUCCGGAAGCAGGCCCCCACGCCCCCACAGUGCCCGACGAAGACUUCUUCAGCCUGAUCCAGAGGGUGCAGGCCAAGCGCAUGGACGAGCAGCGCGUCCAGCUGCCCGAGGACGACCAGGACGGCCCUCAGCCCCCCGAUCCGGAGCCCCCCGGCGGGUUCUCCAGCUAGGACUCGGCGAAUAACGCUGCGCAACUCAAAGAAAUCAAAAGCGGGAGCGAAGGACGAGCCAACAUUUAAAGGCGGCACUUAAACGGUGAACUAACACCAUUUAUGAAGACGAAUCCCAUGUGCAAUAGAUGGUGCCCUGUUAAAUGUUGCUUGGUGUAUUGUGUAUUAAAUGUGUGUAAAUAAACUGGGGAAACAGUUUCAGCCCGCGGUGCAGAGAGGAAGAAGAAGACGAUGGAGGUUUUUGUGGGUGACAUGGAAGCGAAAUACGUACUCAAAUCUAAUGCCUUAAUCAGCAUUUCUUUCAGACUCAAGAUUGUAUUACCUGGCGUCAGACGUGUUUUGUUUUUAUUUUUUUUCUCAGAAGCACAUAAUGGGCAUACAGCAUAAUAAUAACUGACAAUUAAUGUGGAGGCGUAGAAAGAUUUAUUCAUAGAAACAGCGUCGACAGAAACACGAGAGAAACAGAUUUGCACUGAAAAGUUGAAAACAGCUUUGAGUUUUUGAGACGUCAGUGAUCGACUCUGCCUUUAUCUUAAUAUUUCUGUGUCUCCCGCUGCUCACGGAGAAGCGGUGUUAUUCUAACAGUAUUAGACUUGGCCAUCAUUUCCUUAAAUCAGCGUAACAAGCAGUAUGCGGUAACCAAGGUUACCGAGCAAACGAAAUAGCUGCGGCUGCGGCACCGGAGCUGCGUGAUAAUUGAAGCCGCGGUUAAUGUCCCAGCUCGGCUUUUAAAAGUGACGCACGCCGCCCGUAACGCUCUGAACGUCUGAUAACAGACUACUGCCAUCAUCAUCAUCGUCAUCACCAUCAUAGUGUAACACAGACCUGGAAGCAGACGGAUGUGUCAUAGUCUGGAGAGUCUAACACCGUGAACAAUGUUAGAACCCUUGUGUUGCUGGUAUAUUGCCUCUCUGUGGCCAAAACCGUGUAUUACCUCUGUGAUUUGCAGAGUGCAGUUUCUUGGGGUUACGGCAAUCCCUGCUCUUUACCAUUUCUAGGAUGACAUUGUUUCGCUAGCUAAGGUUUUUUUUUAGAGAGUGUAUCCUCAGAAUCAGGUGGAGAGUAGUGAGCUUUUUUUUUUGUUUUUUUGUUUUUUGGUCCAUCUGUUGCAGAAUUAGCAUUAGAGGUACAACCUGCAGAAAGGAAUUGUUAUUGGCUUGAAAACAAUUGCAGUAAAUAGACACCUAGUGGCUUGCCUUUUAUUUCAAAAGUACCUCAUGUUUGUACCUCGAAGCUUAAAUGAACCUUAGAUACAUUGAGCUAUGGUGGAUCAGUACCAUAGUGGUUGUAUUUGAUUCACCUACUCUUUAUAAACAACGCAUUUGGGAGAUAUUACAGUUGAUAUUUUCUUCUUCUUUUUUUUUUUUCCUUUGUGAAUUAACAUUUUUAGAAAUGAUCCGGUACGCUUCUAUUUGUCUCUGCCAUAAUUUGUACAUAUAAAUAUAUUUUGUAUUUAUGUUCCUUUUGAGGGCAUGGAUAUGUCAAUUCAUGCUUUUAAUAAAGUGUUUCAGAUGUUUA